UCCAAUCAGACGAGAGCUUAUUGCGUGGUGCUGGAGAAGUUGGGCUGCUAAUGUGGAGUCAACAUGUCCUCUGCUGAUGGUAAUAAUGGCCCAAGCCAAGCACCACCUUUUCCUGGUGUCCCACCCUCAGGGAUGCCCCCGCCUUUUAUGGGACCGCCGGGAAUGCCGCCUCAUUUCCCACCGAUGGGAAUGCCACCCAUGGCCCAAAGGCCGCCUAACAUGGCUCCCAUGCCCCCAGGGAUGAUGCCACCCAUGAUGCCCCCAAUGGGAGGUCCUCCUAUCGCCCAGAUGCCAGGCAUGAUGCCACCUAUGAUGCCUGGGAUGAUGAUGCCACCGCGUAUGCCAGCUGCAACGAUUCAACCAACAGGACCGCCUGGUGUUAGCCCUGUGGAUAACGCAGCUGCUGCACCGGGAACUACUAGCACAGCAGCAAAUGAUUCUUCCCCAGAUGAUCAGCCAAAAAAGAAAUCAGUGUGGACAGAGCAUAAAUCUCUGGAUGGAAAGACCUACUACUACAACACUGAGACCAAGCAAUCUACCUGGGAAAAACCAGAUGAACUCAAAUCACCUGCUGAGCAAAUGCUGUCUAAAUGCCCAUGGAAAGAGUACAAGUCUGACACUGGGAAGCCAUAUUACUACAAUUCUCAGACUAAAGAGUCUCGCUGGACAAAGCCUAAAGAGCUAGAAGAUUUGGAAGCAAUGAUAAAAGCAGAGGAGAAUGGGAACGCGGACGUUGUUGCUCCUGGCACCACCCCAGCUCUCACAUCUCAGACAGACUCGGCGGUCGCUAUGGCUGCUGUCGCUGAGGCUGAUGCUGCCAUGGCAACUGCUGCUGCUGCUGCUGCUGCUGCUGCUGCUGCUGCUGCUGCUGAAGAACAGCUGUCUCAGAUGCCCGUGCAAGGGACUGAGGUCAGCAGUGAUGCAGCCAUGACUUCAACUGAUGACGCGCCCAGCACUGAGACACCAGCCAGUAACGAUACAUCUAAAGAAGAGAGGCCGGAACUGGUGAAGAAAGUAUACAAGUGGAACACCAAAGAGGAGGCGAAGCAGGCCUUCAAAGAACUGCUCAAGGAGAAGGGUGUCUCCUCGAAUGCAUCUUGGGAGCAAGCUAUGAAGAUGAUCAUUAAUGACCCUCGCUAUAGUGCCCUGCCCAAGCUGAGUGAGAAGAAACAGGCCUUUAAUGCUUACAAGGUUCAGACGGAGAAGGAAGAGAAAGAGGAGGCCAGGAUCAAAUACAAAGAGUCCAAAGAGACGUUCCAACGUUUCCUGGAGAACCAUGAGAAAAUGACCUCCACUACCAGAUACAAGAAAGCAGAGCAGAUGUUUGGGGAUCUGGAGGUGUGGAGCUGUGUUCCAGAGCGAGAUAGACUGGAGAUCUAUGAAGAUGUGCUCUUCUACUUGGCCAAGAAGGAGAAGGAGCAAGCCAAGCAGCUGAGGAAGCGAAACUGGGAGGCACUAAAGAAUAUUUUGGAUAACAUGGCCAAUGUCACGUACCGCACCACCUGGUCUGAGGCUCAGCAGUACCUUCUGGACAAUCCUACCUUUGCUGAGGAUGAAGAGCUUCAGAACAUGGAUAAGGAAGAUGCUCUAAUCUGUUUUGAGGAGCACAUUCGAACUCUGGAGAAAGAAGAGGAAGAGGAGAAACAGAAGGGCUUGCUGAGAGAGAGACGAAGGCAGCGUAAAAACAGAGAGGCCUUCCAGAAAUUUCUGGAUGAGCUGCACGAUCAUGGACAGCUGCACUCCAUGUCAGCAUGGAUGGAGAUGUAUCCAACCAUUAGUGCAGACAUACGCUUUGCCAGUAUGCUGGGACAACCAGGCUCUACACCGCUGGACUUGUUCAAAUUCUAUGUGGAAGAUCUGAAAGCCCGAUACCAUGAUGAGAAGAGAAUCAUCAAGGACAUCUUAAAGGAUAAGGGCUUCCUGGUGGAGAUCAGCACUAGCUUUGAGGAUUUUGGCUCAGUGAUCAGUUCAGAUAAGAGAGCCACUACACUGGAUGCAGGCAACAUCAAACUAGCCUUCAAUAGUUUACUCGAAAAGGCAGAGGCACGAGAGAGGGAGAGAGAAAAGGAGGAGGCCAGGAAGAUGAAGAGGAAAGAGGCAGCCUUCAAGAGCAUGCUCAAACAGGCCACACCCCCUCUUGAGCCUGAUACUUCAUGGGAAGGGGUGAGGGAGAGAUUCCUGAAGGAGCCUGCCUUCGAGGACAUUACCUUGGAGUCUGAGAGAAAAAGGAUAUUCAAAGAUUUUAUGCAUGUUUUGGAGCAUGAGUGCCAGCAUCAUCACUCUAAAACCAAGAAACACUCGAAGAAAUCCAAGAAGCACCAGAAAAGAUCCCGUUCUCGCUCAGGAUCUGAAUCUGAGGAUGAUGAGUAUCACUCUAAAAAGAAGAAACGUUCAACUUCAAAAUCUCCAUCUGAGCAUUCUUCCUCAGGAGAAUCUGAGAGAAGUUACAAAAAAUCCAAGAAACACAAGAAAAAGGGAAAGAAGAGACGACACAAGUCUGCUUCACCCGAAUCCGAUGGAGAGAAGGACCGAAAGAUACGAGAUAAGGACAAGGAUAAAGAGAAUGAUAAGUCUAGAGGGAAAACUCGUGGUGAAUCUAAACAGAAAUCUCCUAAGAGGAAACCAGCUAAAGAAGAGGGAGGAUGGGACACCUCGGGUAGUGAAUUGAGUGAAGGAGAGCUAGAGAAGAGGAGAAGAACUCUUCUGGAACAGUUAGAUGCUCCAUAGAUGUCCUCUUUCUGUUUUCUCAGUUGCUCCGACUCUCGCCAAUACUGUCAAACAUGCAUUCCUUUUAAUGCCUGUACUUCAUCACAUGCACCCUGAUGCUCUGCAUAGAGGGGUACGUCCCUCUAGCUUAGGGCGCUUGAGAGUAUGUACUGAGUGAAAAUGGAGGGAAAACCGCUGUCGCUUUUCUUGUAGUUUCUGAGGAACACGGUCCAUAAAGGCUCAACACAGAGUAAAUACUGGACUUUGUUCCAGCUUCCAUGUAUUUGAUCCUAUUCUUCUAAGUCUUUUGUUAACCCGUCUCAAACGUUUUAGGUAGUUGUACAUUUAUUUUGUUAUUGCCAAUAGUUUGUCUUUAAAAGAUUGUUUACAGGUUAAUUAAAAAAUAACAAACCUGGGACUGCAUUUCAAAAACAGAUCCAUUUGUAAAUCAGUUUGCAGGGGGGGAGUAGUAUUUGCUGUGAAUGAACUGUUCUCAGAAGGUAUUUUAAACAUGCAGUACUUUUGACUCACACAAUAAAAAUGUAAAACAUG